AUGGCCGCCUACAAGCUCGUCCUUAUCCGGCACGGCGAGAGCCCCUGGAACCUGGAGAACCGCUUCAGUGGCUGGUACGACGCCGACCUGAGCCCAGUGGGCCACGAGGAGGCGAAGCGCGGCCGACAGGCGUUGCGAGAUGCUGGCUAUGAAUUCGACAUCUGCUUCACCUCCGCGCAGAAGAGAGCAAUCCGGACCCUCCAGACAGUCCUGGAUGCCAUUGACCAGAUGUGGCUGCCAGUAGUCAGGACCUGGCGCCUCAAUGAGCGACACUAUGGGGGUCUGACUGGUCUCAAUAAAGCAGAAACUGCUGCUAAGCAUGGUGAGGCACAGGUAAAGAUCUGGAGGCGAUCUUACGAUGUCCCACCACCGCCAAUGGAGCCUGACCAUCCCUUCUACAGCAACAUCAGUAAGGAUCGCAGGUACGCAGACCUUACUGAGGACCAGCUACCGUCCUGUGAGAGCCUUAAGGACACUAUUGCCAGAGCACUGCCCUUCUGGAAUGAAGAGAUUGUCCCCCAGGUCAAAGAUGGGAAGAGAGUCCUGAUUGCGGCCCAUGGCAACAGCCUUCGGGGGGUCGUCAAGCAUCUGGAGGGUCUCUCAGAAGAGGCCAUCAUGGAGCUGAACCCGACAACUGGCAUUCCCAUUGUCUAUGAAUUGGACAAGAACUUGAAGCCCGUUAAACCCAUGCAGUUCCUGGGAGAUGAAGAGACGGUGCGGAAAGCCAUGGAAGCUGUGGCCACGCAGGGCAAGGCCAAGAAGUGAAGGCGCGCAGACAGACUUC